CCUUAAAGAACAUUUCAGUGGUUUACAAGCUGUAAAUGAAACUACCAAUAACUACAAAAUUACUUAUCGAUUGCUAGGCGAAUCAAAAUUGUCGUCACUAACCAACAACUUUAUAGGUAAUCUUUGCACUGAAUACAACCAUCUCGACAUGAUUAUUGUAAUACACUACAAUGAACGCUGGAUGCCACUCUAUACUGCAGGUUACACCUCGUCGGGGAAAGGGGGAUUUCCUUGCUUUUUUUCCUUGAUAGACGAAUGACAACACCACCACGGCCCUCUUCGUUAAUCGCAGCUGGUUACAAACGCUCUAGAAAAGUAGUUUGUAGCUAGAGAAUACUUCCUUUAUGUGCCACUGGGAGCGACGGGAGGAUGGCAGAUGACAAGGACGUGCUGCGAGAUGUUUGGUUUGGUCGGAUUCCGACCUGCUUCACACUUUACCAGGAUGAGAUCACAGAGCGAGAGGCCGAACCCUUCUAUCUCCUCCUGCCAAGGAUGAGCUACUUGACUCUGGUCACAGACAAGGUGAAAAAGCACUUCCUGAAGGUCAUGAAGGCCGAGGACAUAGAGGAGAUGUGGUUUGAUUUCGAGGGAACCUCACUCAAAUGGCACUAUCCAAUCGGAUUACUGUUUGACCUGCAUGCCUCCAACACUGCCCUGCCCUGGAGCAUCACUGUGCACUUUAAGAAUUUCCCAAAGUGUGACCUGCUCCACUGCCCCUCUAACUCUGUGAUCGAGGCCCACUUCAUGUCCAGCAUCAAGGAGGCGGAUGCCCUCAAACACAAGAGCCAGGUCAUCAACGACAUGCAGAAGAAAGACCACAAGCAGCUGUGGAUGGGCCUGCAGAACGAUAAGUUUGACCAGUUCUGGGCCAUGAACCGUAAGCUGAUGGAAUACCCCACAGAGGAGGGAGGCUUUCGCUACAUCCCCUUCAGGAUAUACCUGACGAUGAGUGACAGACCGUUCAUCCAGAAGUUGUUUCGCCCCAUCUCGCCCGACGGCCACACACACACGCUUGGGGACCUGCUGAAGGAGGUGUACCCCGUGGCUAUACCCAACGAUGACGAGUCCAAGCGUUACCAGGUGGUGAUCCAUGGGAUUGAGCCCCUGCUGGAGACCCCGUUGCAGUGGCUGAGCGAGCACCUCAGUCACCCUGAUAACUUCCUCCACAUCAGCGUCAUACCCGCGCCUAGCGACUGACACCUCUGGCAAAGUUUGGUAACACCCGGCAACUGGGAAAGUUGCAAAACUCCGAACGGACUCUUCACAGAGCAGGAAAACCCACGUGACUGGGGGCGAGGAGUGACGCAAUCGCAGUGUGACGUCAUCUCAUUCAACUUGUCCCAAAAAGGAGCCCACCAGGAGAAAAUGUACCAUUUUCUGUUUUCCAUCUCUUUUCCUCUCCUCCUUCGCACUCCGUCUCUUUUGGACCUUUACCUGUUUGGGGAAAGUUGUUCGGCCCAAAAUGUGGAAGGCCAAACUGAAAGAGUGCUCAUCUGUUUAAAAAGAGAGGCAGGGAGAUUCCGCUUACCACCUCCUCUCUCCUCUUCCUCCUCCUAGGGAAAGAGAGAGGGUCCAGACAUGCCUAGUGGGACCCUCUACAAACAGAAUUUGCCUUAGUUUUCCCGAGUCACAUCAUGAGCUACACUACUGGACGUUCAUAAAGUCACACUGAGUUUACACACUUGUACUGUAUGCCACUGAGGAGUGAAAGGGGAUUUUUAAAGACGCUUCACUUCUUCAUUCUUUGUCUCUCGCUCUCUGUCUGUAUAUUCUCCAUCUUCCUCUCUCACUGUAUUUCCUGUUUCUUCUCUCUCUUCCUCCCCCUCUUUCUCUCGUGUCAUUUACUGCCGACGCUCUCUCAUCUCCAUAGCUAAUUAUCUUAUUGGAAUUCCUCCUGCUACUAAUGAGACCGCUAAACUUCUGUCUCCAUGCCAAGCCUUGGGAUUGUGUGAGUGUGUGUUGUAAUUGGAGACAUAAUUUAAAGUCUCCUAGAGGGGACAUGGAGGGGGUGAGGAAGGUGUGAAGAGUCCGAAUGGAAUCCUGUCUGUCUUCUCUCUUGCGUGUCAAAGGGAGAUGGGGCCAGACAUGUAAUUUGGAGUGUGUUGUUAGUCGAAGGGGAGGGAAACUUGUGAUGUCACACCUGUCUAAGCACGUCAGGCUUCCUCAUUCGCCGCCUAGGAGGAUGGGAUAGGGGAGUUUACAGCUCUGAGUCAGGGCUGGGCUCGACGUGGGGUACUGUCUGAGGGGUAGGCAUGUGCAUACGUGUGUGUAUGUACAUGUGUGUAUGGGUACUUUUUGCACAUUUUGUUGUUACAAAGUGGGAUUCAGAUGGAUUUCAUUAUCAUUGUUGGUCAAUGAUCUACAGAAAACACUCAUGUGGAAGAAAAAUUGUAACAUUAACAAAAUACAAAAAAAUGUAACACUACGUAUUCUCACCCCUGAGACUACAUGUUAGAAAAACCUUUGGCAGUGAUUACACCUGUGAGUCUUUUUGGCUAAGUCUAUAAGCGCUUUGCACACCUGGAUUAUACAAUAUUUGCCCAUUAAAAAGUCUUCAAGCUCUGUCAAGUUGGUUGUUGAUCAUUGCUAGAAAGCCAUUUUUAUGUCUUGCCAUAUAUUUUCAAGUAGAUUUAAGUCAAAACUGUAACUAGGCCACUCAGGAACAUUCACUGUCUUCUUGGUAAGCAACACCAGUGUAGAUUUGGACUUAUGUUGUAGGUUAUUGUCCAACUGAAAGGUGAAUUUAUCUCUCAGUGUCUGUUGGAAAGAACACUGAAUCAGGUUUUGCCUGUGCUUACAGCUUAGCUGUAUUCCAUUUCUUUUUAUCCUAAACUCCCUAGUCCUUGCCAAUGACAAGCAAACCCAUAACAUGAUGCAGCCACAACCAUGCUUGAAAAUAUGGAGAUUGGUACUCAGUAAUGUGUUGUAUUAGAUUUGCCCCGAACAUAACACUUUUUGUAUUCAGGACAAAAAGUUUCUUUGCCACAUUUUUUGCAGUAUUACUUUAGUGCCUUGUUGUAAGCAGGAUGCAUGUUUUGGAAAAUAUGAAUUCUGUACAGGCUUCCUUCUUUUCACUUUGUCAUUUAGGUUAGUAUUGUGGAGUAACUACAAUGUUGUUGAUCCAUCCUCAGUUUUCUCCUAUCACAACCAUUAAACUCUGUAACUGUUUUUAAAUCACCAUUGGCCUCAUGGGGAAAUCCCUGAGCAGUUUCCUUCCUCUCCGGCAACUGACUUGGGAAGGAUGCCUGUAUCUUUGUAGUGACUGGGUGUAUUGCUAUACCAUCCAAAGCCUAAUUAAUAACUUCACCAUUCUCAAAGGGAUAUUCUGUGUCUACCAUUCGGUGCCCUUCUUUGGGAGGCAUUAAAAAACCUCCCGGGUCUUUGUAGUUGAAUCUGUGCUUAAAAUGUCCUAAUCGAUUGAGGGAACUUACAGAUAAAUGUGGGGUAAAUCGAUAGGAGUAGUCAUUCAAAAAUCAUGUUAACCACUAUUAUUGAACACAGAAUGAGCCCAUGCAAUUUAUGUGAUUUGUUAAGCACAUUUUAACUUCUGAACUUAUUUAGGCUUGCCAUGACAAAGGGGUUGAAUAUUUAUGGACUCAAAACAUUUCAGCUUUUCAUUUUUUACAUUUUCUAUUCCACUUUAACAUUAUGGGUUAUUAUGGGUUAUAUACAUCUCAAUUUAAUAACAAAAUGUGGAAAAAGUAAAGGGAUGUGAAUACUUUCUGAAGUGUGUGUGUGUGUGUGUGAGACUGCGACUGCACACACAUACUUUUGACUCAGUCACAAAGACACAAGCCAAUGAUGAAAAGCGGAGCUAGACUCUCAUCUUGCUGACACACUUGUCUUGUUGGGAUUUCCCAGUUAACCUAUUGGAUUGAGUUGCUCAAUACUGACAGCUCUGGCUGUAUCUCUAUUGCAGAGCCUUUAAAUAUCUCUAUAGCACGUGUAUACUGCCAUUCCUCAGAUCUCCAAGCCCUUGGUAGCAUGUAUCGCAACUCACCCAAAGUGAUCCUCAGCAACCAUUUAUUAUUUAUUACAAUGGGGAAGUACAGGUAACUACCACAAUAAAGGAAACACCAACAUAAAGUGUCUUAAUAGGGUGUUGGGCCACCAGAACAGCUUCAGUGCACUUUGGCAUAGAUUCUACAAGUGUCUGGAACUUUAUUGAAGGAAUGCAACACUAUUCUUAUACGUGAAAUUCCAUAAUUAGGUGUUUUGUUGAUGGUGGUGGAAAAUGCUGUCUCAGGUGCAGUUACAGAACUCCCAUAAGUGUUCUUUAAACCCCCUAUGCUUCUUUGAGACCGCUCUCUGUCUCUGAGAUUUGGUUAAUUUAGCAGACGCUCUUUUUCAGUUAUCUUAUAGCCAUGGUAGCCAAAAUAAUGAGCAACUGUGCAUUUUUCUACAUGACUCUGAGCAUGACGGGAUGUUAAUUGCUUAAUAAACUCAGGAACCACACCUGUGUGGAAGCGCCUGCUUUCGAUAUACUUUGUAUCCCUCAUUUACACACGUGUUGCCUUUAUUUUGGGAGUUACCUGUAUGUGGGACACAAUGUCUGACCCCAGUUUUCCAAUUGCAUUUCUGCUCCCCAGGUCAUCACUUAGUUCAUCCCUGGCCAUUAAAAAUCAGACCGUGAUGCUUCCAUUAAGGCUGAGGUAGUAACGAAAGGUCAGAGGUCACUAAGCAGGUCACUGGGCAUGCUCUGUACUUAGGCAGUGUGAUGAUUGACGUGUGUGUGUUUUUUGCUGUUACCAUCAACAACAACCCCAAAUGCUCCCCCAAUGUGUUCCAACAAUAGCCAAACCCUUACUGUCCUAGCCAUUGGCACUAGAUUCCGCGAAACCGAGUUCACACAAAAACACACACACAUUUGUUUGUGUUUAACACGUUACAGGGGUCUGAGAGCAGUCAGAGGGUAUCAGACACACAUGAGAGUGAUUAGUAAUUUAGAGGAAUCCAUGACUGUGUUCCCUCCAUGCUGCAUGCCCCGCGGGAUAGAGAGCGAGAUUAGGGAGGAUGAGAGUGCAUAGGCUGUCAAUGGACCUUUUCUCGGCACAAGCUCACUCGGGGGGGUGGGGGGGUUCUGCUCUAUAUUUCUACAUUUGUACUCUGAGCUUAUUUACAAAUACUGUAGUUUUCCUUCCACCACACACACACAAACACUAGUCGAUAUGCAAACAAGAGUUCUGAGAUACUUUUCCGUUCCUCUGCUGUUGGACUUUUCUCCCUUUUACUUUCUCUUGGUGAUUGCGAUCAUACUUACAGCACAGGUACAAACAGAACCAUCCAGUCAGUGGAAACGUUACUA